UCGGGAAACAUUAGGUAACUACAAAAAAACGAAUUGUCUUCUUUGGUAAUGACGUGAGGAACUGGCUAUAGAAAGAGGUGAGCACAUUUAUGAACGUCAUGAGGAUUAGGAUCUUUUCUUCUGCUGAGUGUUAAGAAGAGAGGAGGCGAAGAAAUGGCCUGUGCUCGUGUGCCUCUUGAUGAGCAGCAGAUAACCGAGCCUGACCCACUGGGGAAAGAGCGGACACUUCCGGCCCUGCACCCUGACAGAAAGGAGGAGCGCUAUUUUGUGCCUUACAAACCACUCGCAGAAGAUUGCUCUCCUGCUGAUGUGGAGGACUUUUUAGAACAUGCCAAAUACAUACUGGAGGAUUUGGAGUGGCUGCUGGCGCUGCCACAUGACAAAUUUUGGUGUCAGGUGGUGUUUGAUGAGUCCCUGCAGAGAUGCCUUGACUCUUACCUGCGUCAUGCUCCACGGGGACUCGACCUCUCUGGCUUGCCUUCGUCCCCUGCUGUGGUUGAAAUGCAGCGCUCGCUUCACAGAGUUGUGUUUUUGACCUUUCUAAGGAUGGCCACUCAUAAAGAAUCAAAGGAUCACUUCAUCACUCCAGCUGUGUUUGGAGAAAUCAUCUAUGACAACUUUCUUUUUGACAUUCCCAAAAUUUUGGAUCUCUGUGUGUUGUUUGGAAAAGGCAACGGCCAGUUGCUGCACAAGAUGAUAGAGAACAUCUUCACCCAGCAGCCUUCCUACUACACUGACCUUGAUCAGACGGUUCCCACGGUGCUGGAGGUGUUUGACACAAUUCAGAACAAAUGUGGCCUUCAGUGUGAAGGAGCCACUGCCAUGGAGCCGAUGAAACUCAACUCACACAAGCAGCCCACAACCCUCACAAUGAGCCAGCAGGAACUUGUAGAUUUAAUUUUGUACCUGUGCGACUCCACCACCACAAUCCAUGCCUUCCUGAGCAUCUUCCCUGUGGCCUGCACAAGAUUCCACUCAAACGGCUUUCUUGGCAGAUUAAGUUCCUUUUAUGAAACCAUUGUGCCUGAUUUAGAAAAGGCGGUGAAGAAGAGAAACUUUGACGAUAAGGGUCUUCAGGAGGACUUGUGGAGGAGGUUGUCUCACUCCUGCCGGAAGAUGGUGGAGACAGCCCACCAGCUACUUUAUCACACCUGCCUGCAGCCCAUUCUGGAUGGGGCAGAGGACACACACAUAUUUGUAGAAGAGCUGCUCCAGCAUUUCACUUCGUUUUUACCUGAGAAAAGAUUUUUGGCAGAUUAUGACGAGCAAUUUCCCAUCGCAGACGACAUCUGCCUUCUGCAGCAAGCACUUCCUGAUAUUGACGAAACAAGGACGUCCUACCUGAUACAGGGAGUCGAAAGUGCAAGGGACAGUAGUGGAAGACCAAAAACUCGCACAGCAGCAUCUUCGGGCCUGACCUCUAGUCAAAAAGCAGAAGGUGGUGCAGUCGGUGGAGCUACUGCUGCCUCCUCUCAUGAGUUGAGAGAGCCAACAGAGGAACGAGGGAGCCCGAGCGGAGCAGGAGCCAUGAUUGAUGUUCCUCAAAGAGGAGAUAAUGGUGCAGUUUGUUCUUUAAGCGAGGUAGAACUGGAGUCUUUGCUGUCAGGCAUCAAGGACCUGCUCCCAGAUUUGGGGGAUGGGUUCCUGCUUGCCUGUCUGCAGGAGUAUCACUAUGACUCGGAGCUGGUUAUCAACAACAUCCUGGAGGACCGGUUGUCUCCCAGCCUGGACAAACUUGACCGAGCCAUGCCAAGGCCAGUGAAGAAGGAGCUUCCUGAUGUCAUCAACAGCAGAUCCAACGUGUAUGAUGAUGAUGAGUUUGAUGUCUUCCGAAGGGACCAGGUGGACAUGUCUCGCAUUUGGAGGGGCAGGAGGAAAGGUGAAAGCGCUCGAGAGUUGGUGGACGACAAGCAGCACAUCCAAGAACAAAGAGCUCGGUAUCAGACUUACCAGACCGUGGUGGAUGAGGUUGUCAUUGAACCUGGAGAGUCGGCUGCCAGCUACGGCCUGGACGACUAUGACGACGAGUAUGAUGAUACUUACGACAUGAACCAGGUGGGAGCCAACGAUCUGGACGGCGACAGUCUGCUCAACAGAAGACCUUUCACUGUCCCUCAAGUGUUGCGCAAAGGAAAUCGAACUGAGGAUGUGGAAGAAGAUGUAGAAGAGGAGGAAGACCAGGGCUUAGAGAAUAACCCCAACAGAGACCAGUUUGUGCAGGAUCCAGCUCUGCUGAGGGAGCGUGCAGAAGCCAGAAGAGCUGCCAUGCAGCAAAGGAAAGGCUACCGGCCAGAGCGCCCGAGUAACGUGGUGGGCCGACCUAAAGGACAAGGCCAAACCUUGGAAACAUUCCUGGACAGACGAAAGAAGGAGGCCAACAAGAGUCGUGGGUCGAACCACAACCGGCGCACGAUGGCCGACCGCAAGAGGAGCAAAGGCAUGAUACCGUCGUGAGCCGCCAGAUGCUGCUAAACAGACUGGUGAGAAGAGCUCAGGGUGAAGGUGGUGACAAAAUCACAUGCUGGACAUGACACAAGGCCAUUGUUAGUGAUCACAUGCUUGUCUAGGACACAGAUUUUACCUUUUGGGGUUUUAUUCUUUGGUUGUUUUAAAUGGAAACCAAAGGAAUGGAUGAUAGCAAAAAGUUUAUUUUUUUGCCACGUCGACAAAUCAGUUCAUUAAUUGCAGACUUUUCUAUAACAACAUUAAUAACAUAGGAAAAUGAGCAGGAAAAUAAAGCCAGUUUGCUGUUGAAUGGAGAAGAAGACGGGACAUGUGUAAUGUCGCCAGUGAAACUCAACAUCUGUUUUCUACAUUAUCAGAGCAUUUUGUAACAAGCAGUGCACUUGUUCUUGCGUUUUGUAGCUGACAUGACAUAAAAGACUCAAUAAAUACAUCAGCACCAUGUUUUCUUCAGUGUAUAAAUCGCGGCCAGCCGUUGUAAUUUUGGGCACUGAUUGAACGGGUUCAUAUCUGGGAUUCUGUCUGGACAAUUAUCCCAAACACAUUUGACUUUGGUUCAUUGGAGUCAGUAGGUUUCUCCUUGUUUACUUGUCCUCAUUUUAAGAGGCGUUCGUUCAGGAACUUGAACUCCCAUGUGACGUUGACCUGAAACCAUCAAUGACCGUAUUCUCACACACAGAGGGGGAUAUAAAAGUCAGUUUGGUUGUAUUUAAGGCAUGACUGUAAGACUUUCUCCACAUUGUGCUCACACUACAAAUCCUCGCACGGU